AUGCCGUUAAUAUCAGCAAACAACAUGAUACGCAGCAUAUCGCUGUUCCACCUCACCCUCGCAGUUACCCUGCUGAGGAAUCCCGCCUUGAUAGCGAAGCAGGGCAUCGUUCUUGUCCUUGAGCAAUCAAUGCAACUCCCCACACCGCACGAAUUCACCAAGCCCUCUGCAUCAAUCGCCUUUCUGGCCGUCCUCUUUGCCUUUAUCGGCAUCAGCGAUCUGACGUCUCUCUCGCUUCACGAACAAAUUUCCGACGAAUACUGGGGUCUCCAAGCACCCGUGCGCCUAUUCUUCCUCUUCGCCGUCACCGGUUACUCGUACGCAUUCAAGGAGGGCGGUCUACUUGGGGCAAAGGGUGCGGACUACAGAGCAAGCGUGGGUGCGGGCUUGAAUAACAGCAUCCUCUUUACCUGGGGUUUCUUGGAGAUUGGAAUAUGGUUCUGGGUGUACACUGCGUUGAGGGAGGAGAGGGUGGCCAAAGCAAAGAUUGUUGCUGAGAAGCAGGCAAGGGAGAACAAGCAGCUUUAG